GACAUCAAAACGUGGAAAUCCUACUCCCACUGGCCAAACAGAUCCCAAUCGAAUUCAAGACACAAUAAUUGAGUUGUGUGUGUAAACCAAGAAAUGGGGAAGAAAGCGGUGUUGAUUGGAUGCAACUACGCCGGAACCAAGGCGGAGCUCAGGGGAUGCAUCAAUGAUGUCAAGAGAAUGUAUCGUUGUCUUGUUGACCGUUACGGAUUCUCCGAAGACGAUAUCAAAGUCCUUAUCGAUGCAGACGACUCCUAUACCCAGCCUACCGGCCGUAACAUCCGCCAAGCGCUCGAUGAACUCGUACAAUCGGCGGAGCCCGGCGACUUCCUCGUUGUUCAUUACAGCGGACACGGUACUCGCCUUCCCGCAGAAACCGGUGACGAUGACGAUACCGGAUAUGACGAGUGUAUCGUUCCCAGCGACUUCAACCUAAUUAACGAUGACGACUUCAGGGACCUUGUGGAUAGAGUCCCCCAUGGUUGCAGAAUCACCAUUAUAUCAGAUUCAUGCCACAGUGGUGGACUAAUCGACGAGGCUAAAGAACAGAUCGGUGAGAGCUACAAAAACAAUCCAGAGGAAAACGAAGGAAGCGGAUCAGGUUUUAAACUAAGUAGCUUUUUGCAUAAAACCGCUGAAGGUGCACUAGAAUCCCGGGGCAUUCACAUCCCUUCUGCAUUCCGCCAUAAAAAUCGCGAGGAAGAAGAGGAAGUAGAAGAAGAAGUAGCUUAUGAAGGCGAUGAUGAAGUGAAGAACAAAUCUUUGCCUCUUUCAACCCUAAUCGAAAUACUGAAGCAAAAAACCGGGAGAGACGAUAUAGAUGUCGGGAAAGUGAGACCAACAUUGUUUGAUAUAUUUGGUGAGGAUUCCAGUCCAAAGGUGAAGAAGUUCAUGAAAGUCCUCUUAGACAGGUUCCAAGGUAACAACAGCGGCGAAGACGGCGGCAGUGGUGGUGGGUUUUUUGGAAUGGUCGGAGGUCUGGCUCAGGAAUUCCUAAAGCAAAAACUGGAAAACGACUCGGAUUACGCAAAACCUGCCAUGGAAACAGGGGUUGGAAGGAAGGAAGAAGCCUACGCCGGAUCUAAGAAAAAGGAGAUGCCGGAAAAUGGGAUUCUGAUCAGCGGUUGCCAGACCCAUGAGACGUCGGCGGACGCCACCCCGUCUGGAAAUAAAGAUCAGGCUUACGGAGCUCUUAGCAAUGCGAUUCAGACGAUUAUUGAGGAAUCUGAUGGUAGUGUUAGUAAUUAUGAUCUGGUGACAAAAGCGAGGAAGUUGUUGAAGAAACAGGGGUUUACUCAACACCCAGGUCUUUAUUGCGAUGAUAAUCAUGUCAGGGCUUCUUUUUUGUGCUAAGCUGUGGCGCUAUUGUAUUGAUCGAGAUCUGUUAUUAUGAUAUUUGUGAAUUGUGAGGUAAACUUUUCUUUUUGGUGUGUUUUAACUUUUUACUUUUUCAUGGUGGUUUUUGGGAAAUAAAUUUGGAUCAAGUUUGUUGAUUUGAGUUGUAUUGUGUAUGUUACGUUUUUAAAAGUUUAUAAUGUAAACUUCUGUUAUGUUC